AUGCCAGUAGAGACGCGGCUGUACGAUGUGCUGGGAGUGGGUCCCGAUGCAUCGCUUGAUCAGAUCAAGAAGUCCUACAAGCGGCUAGCGAUGAAAUAUCAUCCGGACCGUAAUCCCAAUGCAGAGGACAAGUUCAAAGAGAUCAGCCUGGCCUACGAAAUCCUGAGCGAUGAGGAAAAGAAGAGGGCCUACGAUCGACACGGCGAGGAGUACCUGAAGCAGGGCGGACCCAGCCACGCCGGCCCCAGCGAUCUGUUCUCCCACCUGUUCGGCAUGGGCGGCGGACGUGCGCGGCAGCGUAAGGGCGAGGAUCUCGUCUUCCCGCUCAAGGUCACCCUCGAAGAUCUCUACAACGGCAAGACCACCAAGGUGGCCCUCAAGAAGAAGGUCAUCUGCGACGAAUGCAACGGAAAGGGGACGCCUGUGCCUAAUGCGCUGCGGACAUGCGAGAGCUGUGACGGCCGGGGCAUCAAGCUGACCUUGCGUCAGCUCGGGCCUGGCAUGGUGCAGCAAAUUCAGAGCCGGUGCCCCGAUUGCGGUGGCGAGGGGCAGGUGAUCAGGGAGAGGGACAGAUGUAAAAAGUGUUCGGGGUUCAAGGUGGUACAGGAACGCAAGAUCUUGGAGAUCUUUGUGGACAAGGGAAUGAAGCACAAGCAAAAGAUCGUGUUUACGGGCGAGGGAGAUCAGGAGCCCGGCGUCACCCCCGGUGACGUCAUCAUCCUCCUCAACCAGGAAGACCACCCGGUGUUCAAGCGAGACGGCAAGAACCUGUUUAUGGAGAAGGAGAUAUCGCUCUUUGAAGCGCUCUGCGGUUUUUCCUUCACCCUCAAGCACCUCGACGGCCGCACGCUGCUGGUCAAGUUCGGCAACGGGCAGGUGGUCAAGCCGGGCGACCUCAAGGAGAUCCCCGACGAGGGCAUGCCCACCUGGAAGCAGCCCUUCGACAAGGGUCCCCUCGUCAUCAAGUUCAACGUCAAGUUCCCCGACUACGUCAACCCUCAAUCCAAGCCCAUGCUGGAGCAAGUGCUGCCGGGCGGACCGGAGCCGAUGGACUUUGCGGCGAGCGGGGCGGUCGAGGUGGAGGAGGUCACGAUGCGCGACUACCGACCGGAGGCCCGCAACGCGCGCGGCGGCGCCAACGGCCAGCAGCGGCGAGAGGCCUACGAGACGGGCAGCGACGACGAGGACCACCCGUACGGCGGCGGUGGCGGAUCCGGCGUGUCGUGCGCCCAGCAAUGA